AUGCCUGCAGUUUGUGAGCAUGAGGAUGGUACGAGCUUUGAAGAAGGAAUAGAAUUCAAAGACACGAGGCUGGCAGCAGGCACUCCCGAGUUUGCCGCCGCUUUAAAACGAUCACCAGGUGGUUGCUUACCAAGUUUAGUAUUGGAUGGAAACCGGGUAGUGUGCCAGAGUCUUGCUAUUACCCGUUACGUCGCUAGUUUAACCGACUACAAAGGCAGAACAGCAGAGGAUACACUUUAUGUGAACAUGUUCAUUGAGACGCUUUACGACCUGAUCGCAAGAUAUGAUGAGGUCGUUAAAGAAAAGGAUCAAAACAUCAAGGUGAUACGAUCAGCUGACAUUCUGUGA